AUACGUGACUCGAUCUGAUGACUCCUGAUCACAUACAGCGUACUUUCAGAGGGAGCGCAGAUCAGACGAGACAUCGAGGCGAUCCUGAUUAUUGUCUACAGGUUUUCUGAUCCUCAGUCAUGGAUCCAGAUCUCACCAUCGUCCUGCUUGGUAAAACAGGAGUUGGUAAAAGUGCUUCAGGAAACACCAUCCUGGGACAAGGAACGUUUCAGUCUGAGCUGUCUUUCAAAUCAGUGACGACAGAAAUCUCUGAACAAACAGGAAGUGUGUUUGGGAAACAGAUCUCAGUGGUCGACACUCCAGGAAUAUUAGACAGUGAGUUCACAGAGAAGACUGAAGACUUCUGUCAGGAUCUCCUGAAGUCCUCCAGGCGCUGUCUGUUUCUGGUGACCCUCAGAGUCGGACGCUUCACAGAGGAAGACCAGAAGGCGCUGAACACAGCAAUGAAAGUCCUCGGGGACGGAGGGAUGAAGAAGAGUUACCUCCUCUUCACUGGAGGAGAUGCUUUAGAGGGAAAGACUUUGGCGGAUUUCAUCUUUGCAGAAGGAGAUGAAGCUAACCUUCCGAAUGUUGUUAAAAUGUUCUCGGGGGCCUAUCAGCUCUUCGACAAUGAGUCUGAUGAUGAAGAACAAGUCCGAAAUCUGCUGCUGAAGUCUGGCCACCUGAGAACUGAGGAUCAACCUGAUUCACCAGCUGGUGUUUCCAAAGAGAAGAGGAUUAUGAUGCUCAGUCUUCCUGGAGCUGGGAAAAGUUCCUCUGGAAACACCAUCCUGAGAUCUAAGAAGUUCAAAUCAGCUGCUGGGUUUGAUUUAGUCAGUAAAAAGACGACCUCUGCAUCCGCCACAGUGGAGGGCUGUAAGGUCACGGUGGUCAAUACUCCAGGGUUCACUGAUAAAUAUCUGACUCCAAAACAGUUGUACCUGCAGAUCAUGAGGUCUGUGGUAGAGGCGAGUCCAGGAGUACAUGCCUUUGUUAUCGUGGUCAGAGUAGGCAGAAUCACUGAAGCAGACAUCAAGCUGUUUGAGCUCCUUCCUAAACUCUUUGCAGGCGAUGUUCUGAAGUACUCCAUGGUGCUUUUCACUCAUGGAGACAACCUCAAAGGUCAGUCCAUUGAGGGUUUGAUCCAGUCCAACAGACAUGUCUCCAAGCUGGUCUCCAUGUGUGGAGGUAGAUACUGUGUGUUUGACAACAAAACCAAGAGAAGCAGAGAGCAGGUCAGAACCUUCCUGUCUAAGAUAGAUGAGAUGAUCUCAGCUAACGGAGGACAGUACUACACCAACGAGUGGUUCAGGAUGGCUGAGACUUUCCUUAGAGAUGGAAGGAUCCUGUCAGGUGCUUCAGGUGGUGGUGACAUAAAAGAACGCGUAGGGGAGAAAAUGGAACCUUAUUUGUUGUUAGGAGGACUUGUAGUAGUAGCAGCAGUAGCAGGAGUGGUAGCAUUACCAGCAGCGGGAAUCGGAGCAUUAGUAGCAGCAGGAAUGGGAACAUCAGUAGGAACAGCAGCAGGGAUCGGAGCAGUAGUAGGAGCAGGCACAACAGUAGGAGCAGCAUUAGGAACAGCAACAGGAGCAAGGGCUGUAGGAAGAGCAGCAGUGGUAGUAGGAUCAGGGGCAGCAUCAGGACAAGUAAGAGGAGCAGCAACAGGAGCAAAGAUCAGAGCACUAGUAGGAGCAGUAGGAGGAUCAGAUGCAGCAUCAGGAAAAGUAAGCGGAGCAGCAACAGGGGCAGAGAUAGGAGCAGUAGUAGGACUAGUUAGAGGAACAGUAGGAGCAUUAGGAGCAGCAGCAGCAGUGCUAGUAGAAGAAGUAUCAGGAGCCAGAAAGUAUGGUAAUGAAGAGAAAAAGAAACAGUAGAACCUUUGAAAGACCCCUGGCCAUCAUCACAACACGUGCUGCUUCUCUCUGAAAUGAAUACAGCAGGUCUCAGGGUUUUUUAAAGAGGCCCUAUUCUUCUUCUGUGGUGAAAAAAAGGGGAAAAAAGAGGCACUUGUUGAGUUAAUUUAACCCAUGUAUCUGAGCUCUUAAUAUGGUAUGAUUUAGCUUGAAGUUAAUAUAUCUGCACUUUCCUUGCUGUUCAGAGUUAGAUUAUUUAGGAUUUUUGCACUUAUUGUAAGUCACUUUGGAUAAAAGCGUCAGUUAAAUGGUAUGUAAUGUCAUGUGUCCCUCUCCUGUAGUGUGUACUACAGGUGUUAGUGCACGUUAAUGGUCUGCAAAGGCUCAAAUCCCUGUGUUCCCUCCAGAGGGAGUUUCUCUAUUAAUUUUCUUCAGCCAUCAUACUCUAAUGUUCACAUCAAAGAAUCAUUUUAUGUUUUACAUUCUUAUUAUUAUUGACUCUUACAUGUCAAGUACUUAUACAUACUCAAAAUGAUUGAUUUAUGAUUCUUAUAAUCCAUUAUUGAUAGAGGGAGAGGGAGCAGCUGGUAUUUUCCAAUCAGACGAGAUAAGAAUAUGAUGUCAGUGGAUGCAUACAAUAAAUAAUACCUGCAUACAAGCUAAUAUAUAGUUAUUGAUAAGUGAAUGGUAGGAAAUGUUUGACGGGUUUUGUUGUGUCUUUUUGAUUCUAUCAGACUCUGUACCUUUAAGAGAUGAUUUGUUUGAUCUUUAAUAAAGUGUUGAACUUUA